AUGGACAGGUGCUUUGAGUGUUGCAUCAAAUGCCUGGGAGGUAUUCCCUAUGCAUCUUUGAUUGCUACCAUACUGCUGUAUGCUGGUGUUGCACUGUUCUGUGGUUGUGGACAUGAAGCACUUUCAGGAACUGUCAACAUUCUGCAAACCUACUUUGAGAUGACAAGAGCUGCAGGAGAUGUCAUUGAUGUCUUUACUAUGAUUGACAUCUUCAAGUAUGUGAUAUAUGGUGUAGCAGCUGCAUUCUUUGUAUAUGGGAUUUUGCUGAUGGUGGAGGGAUUCUUUACAACUGGUGCCAUCAAAGAUCUCUAUGGGGAUUUCAAAAUCACCACUUGCGGCAGAUGUGUCAGUGCCUGGUUUAUUAUGCUGACAUACAUCUUUAUGUUGGCUUGGCUUGGAGUUACAGCCUUCACUUCUCUGCCUGUUUACAUGUACUUCAAUCUGUGGACCAUUUGCCGAAAUGCCACCUUAGUGGAUGGAACUAACCUCUGCUUGGAUCUUCGCCAGUACGGUAUUGUAACAAUUGGAGAGGAAAAGAAGGUUUGUACCACAUCAGAAAGUUUCAUCAAGAUGUGUGACUCGAAUGAGCUAAACAUGACAUUCCACUUGUUCAUUGUGGCACUCGCUGGAGCAGGAGCAGCAGUCAUUGCUAUGGUCCAUUAUCUCAUGGUCUUGUCUGCCAACUGGGCCUAUGUGAAAGAUGCCUGCAGAAUGCAAAAAUAUGAGGAUAUUAAGUCAAAGGAGGAGCAAGAGCUUCAUGACAUUCAUUCUACUCGCUCUAAAGAGCGGCUCAAUGCUUACACAUAAAAGAAACCUUGUCUUACUUUCUAACACGUGAAUGCUUUGUCGUUUAACUAAAGGCCAUCCAACCAUUUCAAAAACAAUUAAAAGUGCUUCUCACAAAAGAUAGUUUGGGUGACUUACAUAUCACCCAUGUGCAAUUCUUGGUUGUCUAGCACUUGGUUUCUAAAUUAGUUUUUACUUUUUGUGAUCGUUCUCUACCACAGAGCUCCUAAAUAGCCUUUCCUGAAUCCUUUUAAGCUAAUUAGUUCCGCUAGAUGAAGGAUACUAAACUAUUGUCAAAUACAAAUAUGUGUUUGAUUUUUUUAAUCACUUUGUAUGUGUUAAGCAUAACACCUUUUGCAUUGUUUCUUAUAUGUUUUUGAAAAAAGGUAGCUUUUUAUACUUUUUAGUUUUGAGUUCAAUAACUACUUUAACUACAGGUAUACUUCAAAGGGACCAUUGUACAUGAUGUACAAUAUAUAAAGAAAACACUGAUGACUUUCCUUUAUAUUUGGAAAUCUUGCCAGACGGACCCUCAUCAACUUGAAUGAAGGUCCUAAGAACAUUUUAAACGAUCAAAGGUGCAAUUUCUAAAUUUGUAAUAGUGGGUAAAAUAAAAAAUGGGAAAAAAAAAAAGAAAAAAGAAAAAAGAAAAAAAAAAAAAAGAAAAAAGUGCUUCUUAUCUUUGUUAACAUUGUAUUAUUAUUGAUGUUUUUAAAGAAUAUUCUCUUGUUCCAAGUUCCAUGGGUGAUAAUUCCUGUUUGUAUUGUGAGCAUGCCGACCGUGGUGCUAACAAUGCAUGGACACUUGCCUUUUGAAGGAGUUCAAUACCACGGUUACCUGUUAAAGAGUUAUGGUAUAUAGACAAUUGUUACUUAAGUGAUAUAGUUAUCCAUAGUUUUUUACAGAAUGAUCUCUCUUUAAUUCAACGAUGGUUAUGCUAAAUUGGAGUUGUUCAUGUGAUGAUGUGAGAAAUUACUGCUUAGCUACAUUUAUGAAAGUAAUAUAUCAAAAAUACAGUGAUUGUAGGAAUCAGAAGUUUUUACCUGCUUUAAAAAUUUAAAUGGAUUGCACCUGUCUGAACUGUACAAGAUAUAUUAAAGGAGACUUCCAUAAAUGUUGUAGCUUGGCUUCUAGCUUUCCUACGCAUAUUGGUUUACCUGUAUUAUGUUAAAGUUAGGUGAAAGACCACUACAGAGCUUAUUAUUUGAAAGUGUAGUAAUAUAUUUGAACAUUUAUUUUGAUAGGAAAAUUUUAUCAGAAAGAUAAGUCAUCUUAAUUUGAAGGAAUUUCCUGUAUCAAAAACAAAAGCAAGCAAGCAACCAACCAAACAAAAAACCCUACUUAAACUAAAUCAGUUUUAUCAGACCAAAUUUGGUGGAUUUUUUUAAAUUAAUUUUUUUUUUUGCCUAUUUCUAAUGCUACAAGAAUGCUGUAAAGUGUCUUUUAAAGUGAUGUAGCCUGACAAGACAUUUUUGUCAGUGUUAAAAACUUAGGUAGUUUGUGCACUUAUUGGACCAUUGUGAAUUCUCUCUCAGUGUAAGUGCAUUUCUAAUAAAACUUCUUGAGUAAAACUCUUUGUACUAUUACUAGUCAUGCAUCAUCAGUAAUUUUUAACAAUUCUUGUAGUAAGUAGAGGGUAUUACUAUAGUUAUUUGUGUGGCAUGAUAAUGCAUUAAGUAGUAUUAGUUGAUUGAUUACUUUUCUUUUGCUUGUUUUGGGGAUUUUCAU